AUGGAUGAAAACUAUAAAAAAUCAAAGUUUUCAGUUAUUGUUAAUUAUAGUCCCCAAUACAUAAAUAUUGAGUGCCAGCAAUCAGCUACACUUGCAUAUAUUAAGCUCAUUGCUGAAACUCAAUUUUUUCUCAUUUUCAUUAAAAAAAUACAAUACAAAAAUAUUAAGGGCACUGUGAUCAAUAUUCAUAGUGAAAAUUAUUGGAAUGUUGCAAAAUGGGAAAUGAAUAGGGAAAAUAAUGAUAGGAUUGAAGUUUAUAUUCAAUCCUGA